AUCAGAUCUCAUUAUCAUGAGGCGAAGUUUACAAUCGACAUCAAACAGUGUCCUACCAGUGUACUGUAUUGUCAAAAAUAUCUCCCGAAAGGGCGACAUUCGAGCUCCGCAGCAGCUCCGAGGCUUGCGUCUUGAACCGUUCAAUGCAUGUAGUAACAGCACUUCACUUGCGCCCUGUCCCGAACGCCGCCCCACCAUGUUGCUGGGUCUCUUCUCACAGGGUGAAAUCCGUCCUCACCAGCACCAGAAACCUCUUGUUAAGAGCCCCAUAUCACUGCGGGGUCCGCUAAGCGGUGCAAGGUGCGGUUGCGCUUGGCUGGCCGUGAUUUCAACCCUUGCCGGCAGAGUGGUGUGCACUAGCUCCCACGCAAUGACAUCCAUGCUUCCAUUUGAUGCGCAACUCCCAACGCUGGUCCUAAGCCUGCGGCUGGCACUAUUGAUUGGGUUGAGGUCGGGACUCUGUGGGGGUCACUCCAGUAGUGUUGUUGCUGUCAGUGUCAAGAGUCGGUGGCAAGAUGUCGAUGAAGAUAUUUGGAAAAGAGAUAUUGUGUUUUGCUGUCACUCUGGAUUACGUAGCUGCUUCGCUUACGUAAACGGGCAAAACGCGUUUUUUCGGACGCGUUGAUUUGUAUGUACGGG